AUGUCGGUGGUGCCGCCCAAUCGCUCGCAGACCGGUUGGCCCCGGGGCGUCAACCAAUUCGGCAACAAGUACAUCCAGCAAACUAAGCCCCUCACCCUGGAGCGCACCAUCAACCUAUACCCUCUUACCAAUUACACUUUUGGCACAAAAGAGCCCCUAUAUGAAAAGGACAGCUCUGUUGCAGCCAGAUUUCAACGCAUGAGGGAAGAAUUUGAUAAAAUUGGAAUGAGGAGAACUGUAGAAGGAGUUCUGAUUGUACAUGAACACCGCCUACCUCAUGUGUUACUGCUUCAGCUGGGAACAACCUUCUUCAAAUUACCUGGUGGUGAACUUAAUCCAGGAGAAGAUGAAGUUGAAGGACUAAAACGCUUAAUGACAGAGAUACUAGGUCGUCAGGAUGGAGUCCUGCAAGACUGGGUCAUCGAUGACUGCAUUGGUAACUGGUGGAGACCAAAUUUUGAACCACCUCAGUACCCAUAUAUUCCUGCACACAUCACAAAACCUAAGGAACAUAAGAAGUUGUUUCUGGUUCAACUUCAAGAGAAAGCCUUGUUUGCUGUUCCUAAAAAUUACAAGCUGGUAGCUGCACCGUUGUUUGAAUUGUAUGACAAUGCACCAGGAUAUGGACCCAUCAUUUCUAGUCUCCCUCAGCUCUUGAGCAGGUUCAAUUUUAUAUACAACUGAAUUCUGCGCGCUGGCGAAGUAAAAGAAGCCGUCUCUGUGAGCACAGCUAUCAACAGUGUAGAAUAA